AAUGUUCAAGAUAAAGAAGUAAUAAUGAUAACUGAAUAUCUCGACUCUACAUCUGAAAAAAUUGAUGUACAAAAUGUUCAACAAAAAGAUGAUGUCCAUAAUGUCGAAAUGACUAUAGAUGAAAAUAUGGGACCUAGUACAUUGACAGGCAAUGAAUCACAUACUUACAAAAAAUAUAGAACAGAACUCAGUUUAAUUCGCUUACGCAAAAAAUUUGAAAUUAUGAAAUAUAAAAAUCGAUUAUUGCGAGACAGAGUUAACAACGAUAAGUAUAAAGUAGCUUUAAAGAAACUAUUUAUUGAUAAUCAAAUUCAGGUUCUACUUGCAAAAGAAAAGCAAUGCAAAAUGUUGAUCAAAUGAUAUAAUUCAACGAGCUCUAAAACUAAAAUUAACUUAUGGCACUGCUGGCUACGAAGGACUUCUUCAGCAAAGAAUGCCAUUUC